AUGACCGGAAACCGUGCAUACACGGUCUGCGCCAAAUGUGGUGCCUGGGUUUGGAGUGACCGUAUCGGAGCUGAUAAACUGGAGUGCUGCAAGGCGUGCGGCCAACGCUGGCCAGGUGUGAAGCGAGGUCCUGCAGCGCGUGUCUGGAAGGAUCGUGCAGUUGAGGCAGCCAGGCCUCAAAGAUCACAGCCUCGCAGCCCUGGUCCCAAGAUUCAUAAGGCAUUGCUUUCACUGUGGGAUAAGUUUUCCCCGGAGGUGCAGCAAGGGCUUGUGGCAGCAGGCUGGAAGCCGAAGGAAGAGUCCAAGCCUGAGCCUCCCCCAGGGCUUCCCUUCACGGGUUUCUUGGGCAGCAUGGGCAAGGGCAAAGGCAAAGGCAAGCAUCCUGAAAUGAAGGACAGUGGGGCUGCUACGCAAGCCCUGUGGGCCUCUGCUUCUCCCGAGCAGAAGUCCCUCUUGCAACAGCUUGGCUUCCAGGACCCCAAUCAUGCUGAGCCUGCCGAUCUCAAGUCACUUGUGAAGGCGCACAUGGAUCAGCUGCCAGAUUCGUUGAAGAAGGCCAUUGAAAGUUUGGAGCCCCGUGCACCAGAACCCACGGCCACAGAGCUGAUGCUCUCGGCAACUAAGAAGUUUAAGUCUAGUUCCAGUGAGCUGCGCCAGCUCAUCCAGAAAUCAGCCGGACUUCAAAUCAAGAUUGACCGGGCAAAAGCUGUGUACGCUGACCUUCUUGAUCAGAUGAAAAAUGUCCAAACUGAGCUGUCUGAUAAGCAAUCUGAGGUGACGCAGCUUCAAAAGGAUCUUGAGGCCAAGGUGCAAUCAGGUGCUGAAUCUCCGUCCGUGCCCGACAAAGCGACUGUGCUUUUGGCCUUGACUCAGUGUGGUAUCACCCUUAGCAGUGAGCAGCAGGCUCUCUUAGAGGGCAGCAUGGACAUUGAUACAGAGCAGGCCCCGGCAGAAGCCACCCGGCUGAGCAUUAGUGUUGAAGGGCCGCCAGCAUCAAAUUCCCAGCCGCAGGGGAUCCAGCAGCCUGUCCAGGAUGGGACACGUGAGAAGCCGCGUUCGCGCAGUAGGGGUCGGACUCAGGGAUAG